GGGAGGUAGAAGGUUCUGGCAGCGGUGGUGGAGGCGGUUGGCAGCGUCCCGGCUGGGCUAUUGUCUCGCCAUGACCCGUGGAAACCAGCGUGAACUUGCUCGCCAGAAAAAUAUGAAGAAAGCCCAGGAGACCCUUAAAGGGAAAAGAAAAGAGGAUAGCCUGAGUGCUUCACAGAGAAAACAAAGAGACUCUGAAAUCAUGCAACAAAAGCAGAAAGCGGCUAAUGAGAGGAAGUCUCUCCAGAGCGGAGACAAAUGAAUGAUACAGAGGGGACUUCAAUCUACAGUGCAUCAGUGAAGUUAUGGGGCCUAAAAGAUCAGAUGUUUGUAAUAGUGGCCAGCCAUUAAAUGGUUACGUUUAUCUUAUACUUGCAGAUUUGUUAAGUUUGCAGUUAAUUUUCUGGUUCAUAUAGGCUGAGUUAUCUGGGAUAUCUCUUCCAAAACUUUACUUCUUUGCAUGCUUAUGAGAGAUAGUUGGUAGCAAUAGCUUAACUGCAGCUUUCAUUGUUAACGAUGUUGGCUUCACUAAAUAGUUUGUGUAACUAUAUGAAGUAUUGAAUCUGCAGUUAGACCAUGUCAUCCUCAACAUGAUUCUUGAAGUAAAACUUCCCUGCAUUCUGAAGUGGAACAACUUUAAAACCAGUACCUUUGCAUGGUGCAUUUAAACUGAACUGUAAAGGUCUAAACUGUAAAUCUCAUCUUAAAUUAUUUUUACAAUAAAAUGAUGUUGCACGAAA